ACUAAUCUGCAUGUUACAUAAACUCCACCAGUCUCAUGGUUUCUUUUUUUUUUAUAACAUUCUAGUAAAAUAGCAGAGGUAGCAAAAUUAUCCAAUGAGCUGACAACGCCGUAAUAGAGGUGACAAGAAUGGCAGGGUCAACUUUCAAAAAAUAUGUCUAUCCCGGGGUAAUGAGGGAUUAUUUAGUACGUUAAAAAUAUCGAGAAAAAUUUAGCAAUUGAUAGUCUUCUAGAGUCUAGUAGAAUAUAUGAUUUCAAUCUAAGACCGUCCCUGUCUACAUAAUGCAAGAAUACUCACUGGACGCUUGAUAGAUGGCGCUGUUUUGCUGACACGCUGACAAACAGAUGUUAACGUAAACGAAAAAGAAUCAGUAACAGUUGAUUUAAACCAAGGAUGGAUCAGCUACCUACUGAGUUUGACGUGAUAAUAGUUGGAACAGGUAUUGUAGAAUCUGUUGUAUCAGCGGCAGCCAGUCGUGUUGGCAAAAGAGUUCUUCAUAUUGAUAGGUCUGAUUAUUAUGGGGGGCAGUGGGCUUCUUUCAGUUUAGAAAGUAUAAGCAAGCUUCAUGAAGAGCAAAUAGAAAGAAAGAAUAUCAUAAACAGUUCUCAUAUUGAACAUUCAGGGAUCAGUGAAUUUGUUGAGCUAGGCAACAAACUUUUUGAUAUAAAAAACAUUGAAUGUACUUGGCAUGUACAAAGCAAAACAGACACUGAGCAAUCUAAAGAGUCUACAGAAAUGAAUGAUAGUGAUUUGAUUCAAAACUUAGUACCAAAUGAAGAGCAACAUACCCAGGAGACUGUUACUUGGACUAAAGAAGCAUUACUCAAAGAGUCGAGGAAAUUCAACAUUGAUCUAGUACCUAAGUUGCAAUAUGCACGAGGUGACUUUGUUGAACUAUUAAUAUCUUCCAACAUAGCACGUUAUUCAGAGUUCAGAAGCGUGAGUAGAGUUUUGACAUGGUUAAAUGAGCAUCUGGAAGUAGUGCCAUGUUCAAGGUCAGACGUUUUUUCCAACAACAAAGUUUCUGUGAUAGAAAAGAGGAUGUUGAUGAAACUUCUGACAUCUCUUGAAGAUGUUGAGAAAGAUUUAAGUGGCUGUAAAGAUAAAACCUACCAUAAUUACUUGAAAGAAAAAAAGUUGACACCAAAUCUAAUCCAUUAUGUUCUUUAUGCGAUAUCAAUGUCUGAUAAUAAUACAUUAUGUGAACAAGGCAUCAAACAAACUAGAAGAUUUUUGGGAAGUUUAGGAAGAUUUGGGAAAACUCCAUUUCUUUUUUCCAUGUAUGGUAGUGGAGAGAUGCCUCAAGCAUUUUGCAGGUUGAGUGCAGUUUUUGGUGGGAUCUAUGCCUUAGGCCAACCGAUGAAAGGGUUGACAAUUUCAGAAAACAAAUUCAAGUGUCUUUUGGUCAAUGACCAAAAACUGACAGCAGAACAUUUAGUGCUGAAUUUGGAGCAUGCUCCAAAGCAAUUCGUAGAUUUAAAGAAGCUAGAAUAUAUUUCUAGAUGUGUUUUGAUAACAGAUAGAUCAGUAAUGUCAAGUGAAAAGGAACAUUUAACAUUACUGCUGUAUCCACCAGAAAAUGAUAAAAAUUCUGUCAUCAUGAUAGAACUAGGGACAUUGACAGGGACUUGCCCAAAGGAUCUAUAUCUGGUGCAUAUGACAACCAGACAAAAAACAAAUCCAAAAGAAGACUUCCUACACAUUAUCAAUAAUAUCUUCAACAUAAACCAUAAAGACACUGAAAGUGAAAAACCAAAGGUUUUAUGGGUAUGCUACUUCUCCCUGCCAGACUUUCUAUCUUCAGAUGUUAAACAGAAUGUUCCAGAUAAUGUGUUCCUAGGCACAGGGCCAGAUAUUGAUUCAGAUUAUGAUUUUUCAGUAAAACAGGCAAAAGAAAUAUUCAGCAAAAUGUAUCCAGAGGAAGAAUUUUUGCCAAGAGCACCUGAUCCGGAAGAAAUUGUGAUUGAAGCAGAGGAUGAAGAGAUAGAAGACAAAGAUAUGGCAGAUAAACAAACAGAUCAAAAAGAUGAGGCAACAGAUGGAGAAGUAAAACAGAAAGCUGAAACAAAAGAUACAGAAACUAAACAGAAAGCUAAAACACAAGACACAGAAACAUUGGAAAAUGUUGAAAAGAAGCAAGUUGAUCAUUAAGAACAAAAAAAUGUAUUAUAUUUGUAACUGUAUUGUGAUUUAUUAGAAUAUGAUUUGAAUAAAGUUUUUAUUACAAUAAGUAUCUGCUUAAAACUGGAAAAAAUGUAAUUUAAUUUACUGGUAAGACUUACUAGGUGCAUCUAUUGUCACUUUUCCUAUAAUGAGUAAUAUAUAACAAUUGAGAUUUUAC